AUGCCCUCGUAUGAUUUAGCACCGGAUGUUUCAGAAAGAACCACGAAAGAACGCGCCGCUCUGGGGCGAUACCUCUUCGACAAACUGAUCUAUCACUUCCACCCAAGGACAUUGCCCGAUGCCAACCACGUUUUUGAUGACGCCCUAACAGCUUUCCUCAUGACAAGUAUUUCUCCGAGUGAGAAGUCAGUCGAAUCAACUCUACAUUAUUGGCUCACCUUCCUUGUAUCAAUUGUCCAGGAACAACAAUUGCAUAAAGAUGCACCGAACCUGAGCGAAGAUGAGAAAGAGGAAAGAAGAAGAUCGACACGCAUCAUUAUCAUUCAACGGACGACCACGCAUCGCAGAUCAGGAAUGCCAGAUCCUUCCAAUUCCAUGUCCGGAUAUGACCUGGAUGCAGCAGGGCCUGCUACCCACCUACACAGAUGA